AUGAGAAAAAAUUUGUUGCAAAAGACUCAUUCAAGCCAUCUGGGUGCUGAAGCAUCAAUUCGAAGAGCUAAAGACAGUUUAUUCUGGCCAGGAAUGUCAGCAGACAUCAGAGAAAUAGUAGACAAGUGCCAGAUCUGCUGCCACACUUACCAAGACAAGCAGAAGAAAGAGCCAAUGAUGUCAUACCCUAUUCCUACCAGACCAUGGGAAAUAAUCUCUCAAGACAUACUUACGUAUAAGAGCAAAGAUUACCUUGUAACAGUAGAUCAUUACAGUGAUGUGUGGUUUCUGGAUGAAUUACAAGAUCUAACAUCUAAAACAAUCAUUGAAUGCAGCAAAACGCAUUUCGCUCUACAAGGAAUACCAUCAACACUGAUCACAGACAAUGGGAGACAGUGGGUUAGCCGAGAAUUUGCUGAAUUCACAAAGACAUGGGAGUUCAACCAUGUGACCAGCUCUCCCUAUCACAGUCAGAGUAAUGGGAAAGCAGAGGCAGCAGUUAAGAUUGCCAAGAAACUGAUCAAGAAAACUUUGAAAGAAGGAUCCGAUCUACACCUUGCAAUUCUCGACUGGAGAAACACACCAAACGAUGCAGGACACAGCCCAGCACAACGACUGUUGUCUAGAAGAACAAAUACACUUUUGCCAGUAACAGAAAUCCUUCUACAACCACAAGUAGUUACUGGAGUCUCAGAACACAUUAAGAAAAGAAAACAGAUGUCAAAAUUACAAUAUGACAAAAGUGCAACAAAGCUACCAGAACUUGUCAUUGGGGACACUGUCAGACUCCGGCCUGAGAACAACAACCAAGAGUGGCAGAAGGCAACCUGCACGAAAAAAGUAGGACCUCGUUCUUACUUAGUAGAAACUACAAAUGGCAAAGUUUAUCAUCGCAACAGAAAGUUUCUACGCACAACACCAGCAAGAGACAUUGCUAAAACAAUGCCAACAGUUUGACCAGACAAAUCAGAUAUCACAUCCACAACGGACAUCCCAGUACCAGCAACACCAAAUGGAGCAAGUGACAAGAGCACAGUAAACCAACAGCAACCAUUAGCUGCAAAACAAACAGAAGUUUUAACACCAAUCAUACCAACUCGGCCCAGAAGAACCAUAACUAUGCCAAAUCGAUUCAAGGACUUUGUAGUUUUUCCUAUGUUCGUGUUAAUGUUUAAAAAAAAAAAAAAAAUAAAUAAAUAAAUAGCAUCAUCAUCAUCAUAAAGAGGAUGGCUCAUAGAAUUUAUAUGAAAGUACAAAUCGGCACAUAAGAAAAUAAUGCAAACAGGCAUAUAGAGAAGUUCUAUUUAUAAUACUGUGAUCACAUAAACAUGCAAGAAAUUAUGCUAUAGUUCAAAAUAAAUUUAAAAAUAAAUAAAUAAAUAAAUAAAAAAACAAAAAAUUAAAAAAUUAAAAGAAAAUAAAGAAAGGGAGAUGUUGUAUGACGUACAUAACUUAUUCCCUGUUGUCACAUCCAGCCGCCGUGUGGCGCUGUUUAGCGUUGAGUUGCGAAUGAAUCGGUUGUCAGGCAGACGGCCAUUGAGUUCUUACAAUCUGGUUUUAGUGUCUUUCAUUAUACUUGAUAUUGUAACAAACAACAGACAGGUUAGACUUGAGCUCAUAGGCUUGAGCUGGGAGAAGAGUUUGAGAGGGGUUUCCCAAUCCCAAAUGAGAAUUUUUUAAAGAAUAUCAACCUCUAGAUGGCUUAAAAUGGCACUCUCAGACGGUGACAGACAUGUGUUGGCUUU